GCCCGUUGUUAUGACGACACGGUCGUAAAUCCGCCAUCUUCCUGCGGCGCGUUGCGACAUGGAGGGCGCGAUGGCAGUGCGGGUGACGGCCGCGCAUACGGCAGAAGCCCGGGCCGAAGCCGGGCGGGAGGCGGGCGAGGGCGGGGUCGCGGCGGCGGCGGCGGCCUUGGCUCCUGGCGGGUUCCUCGGCCUCCCGGCGCCCUUUAGCGAAGAAGAUGAGGACGAUGUGCACAGAUGUGGCCGCUGCCAGGCCGAGUUCACUGCCUUGGAAGACUUUGUUCAGCACAAACUCCAGAAAGUCUGCCAGCGGGCCCCUCAGGAGGCCCUGCCUGCCGCCCCUGCUGCUGCUGCGCUGCUGGGCCAGGAGGUGGUGCCAGCGGUGGCCGGCCCGGAGGAGCCCAUCACGGUGGCCCACAUCGUGGUGGAGACGGCCGCAUUAACGACAGACAUCAGCCACGCACCCGACAUCGUGGGCGGCGGACACAUCAAAGAGGUCAUUGUGGCCGCCGAGGCAGAGCCGGGGGACAACGAGAUGGCGGAAGCCCCGGGCAGCCCCAGCCGUCAGGGCCCGGGCCUUCCCGGGGAGGGCGAGCAGGCCCAGGUCAAGCUGCUGGUGAACAAGGACGGCCGAUACGUGUGUGCGCUGUGCCACAAGACCUUCAAGACGGGCAGCAUCCUCAAGGCCCACAUGGUCACCCACAGCAGCCGCAAGGACCACGAGUGCAAGCUGUGCGGGGCGUCCUUCCGGACCAAGGGUUCGCUCAUCCGGCACCACCGGCGGCACACGGAUGAGCGCCCCUAUAAGUGCGCCAAGUGCGGGAAGAGCUUCCGGGAGUCGGGUGCGCUGACCCGGCACCUCAAGUCUCUGACCCCGUGUACCGAAAAGAUUCGCUUCAGCGCGAGCAAGGACGUGCUUGUGGGCAAAGAGGACACGUCUGCAGGUCCGCGAGGAUCUGGCGCCUCCACCGUGGGGACCGUUACAUCAUCAUCGGUGACGGGGGAACCUAUGGAGACAUCGCCCGUGAUUCACCUGGUGACAGACGCCAAGGGCACUGUCAUCCACGAAGUCCACGUCCAGAUGCAAGAACUUCCCUUGGGCAUGAAAGCCCUGGCCCCAGAGCCCCCCGGCUCCGAGGAGCUUCCCUGUUCCGGUGAGGGUGGCCGUGAGAACCUGCUGCACCAGGCCAUGCAGAACUCCGGCAUUGUCCUUGAGCGUGUCACUGGAGAAGAGGGGGCCCUGGAGCAAGCCCCUCCCGCGGCGCCCAGUCCCCAGCCCCUGGGAGACGGUCCCCCGGAGCUGCCGCUGCUGGAGGUGGAGCCAGUGGAGACACAGGUGGCCAGCGGGCCCUCAGCCGUGCCUAGGACCCACCCGUGCCCUCAGUGCAGUGAGACCUUCCCGACGGCGGCCACCCUGGAGGCCCACAAAAGGGGCCACGCAGGGCCAAGGCCGUUCACAUGCGUGCAGUGUGGCAAGGCCUUCCCCAAGGCCUACCUGCUCAAGAAGCACCAGGAGGUUCACGUGCACGAGCGACGUUUCCGCUGCGGAGACUGCGGGAAGCUCUACAAGACCAUCGCACAUGUCCGCGGCCACCGGCGCGUCCACUCAGAUGAGCGGCCCUAUCCGUGUCCUGAGUGUGGCAAGUGCUACAAGACCAAGAACGCCCAGCAGGUGCACUUCCGGACGCACCUGGAGGAGAAGCCGCACGUGUGCCCGUUCUGUAGCCGUGGCUUCCGGGAGAAGGGCUCCCUGGUGCGGCACGUGCGGCACCACACGGGCGAGAAGCCCUUCAAGUGCUACCGCUGUGGCCGGGGCUUCGCCGAGCACGGCACCCUCAACCGGCACCUGCGCACCAAAGGCGGCUGCCUGCUGGAGGUGGAGGAGCUGCUGGUGGCCGAGGAGAGCCCCGCGGCCGCUGCCGCAGUCCUCACUGAGGACCCGCACGCCGUGCUGGUUGAGUUCUCUUCCGUGGUGGCCGACACCCAGGAGUACAUCAUUGAGGCUGCUGCGGACGACGCGGAGGCUAGCGAAGCCGCGGAGAUCAUUGAGGGAGCCCAGACAGAGGUGGACAGCCACAUCAUGAAGGUGGUACAGCAGAUCGUGCACCAGGCCAGCGCUGGGCACCAGAUCAUCGUGCAGAAUGUGACUAUGGAUCAGGAGGCGGGGCUGGGCCCAGAGGCGGCUGCCGCCGACACCAUCACCAUCGCCACCCCUGAGAGCCUGACGGAACAGGUGGCCAUGACGCUGGCCUCGGCCAUCAGCGAGGGCACCGUGCUCACGGCCCGUGCGGGUGCAAAUGGCGCCGAGCAGGCCACCGUGACCAUGGUUUCGUCGGAGGACAUUGAAAUCCUAGAGCAUGCGGGCGAGCUGGUCAUCGCCUCACCGGAGGGCCAGCUCGAGGUGCAGACGGUCAUUGUCUAGCGUGGCUGUCUGCAGGGUCCUGGGGGCUGGGCUGGGUAGGGGCGAGGGCCCAGAGAAGAAAGAACACAGAAUUCAGGUGUUCAGAGGGGAUGUGGGAGUGUAAAUAGUUUUUUGUUGCUUUACAAUAAAAUGUGAAAAUCU